GUGAUGAGGUGCUGAAUAGCUCUUCGGAAUUAAUGAGCGUACCGUGGACUCUUGUGCCAUUGAAUGGGAGGCCGGUCAAGCUGUUACACGGGCCGGAUGAUGAAAUGCAACCAGUAUCUCUAAGUUGAAAUUAAUGCAAGGACUUUGCAUGACCCAAAUUGCAACUUGAGUCUCUCUGCAAAUUUAUAACGGUUUGCAGGACGUUAAAUAUGAGUUGAAUAAUUAACCAGUAAGAUCAAAGUUUUACUUUGUCGGUUAUAGUUUUAUUCUGAUUUGUGUAGUACGGGUAGCAAACGGUGAUGAGGGGAAAAAUUAGAAUGGAAAAUUUUCCAGAUUUUUUUCCAAGGCUCUAAAUAAUGAAUUCCACCACUUCUUUGCAGUACCUUCACCCUGUAUGUGACUUGAAUGCUUUCAGGACAGUGUCUAUAUUUUGCUAAAUGCUUCCUCAUCUUGAUGCAUUUUUAGUAUACUCCUCAGGAUGUUCAAACGUCCAGCUCUUUUUCUUCCUUUGCUGUUUUUCAUUGUGCACAUACCAGUCCACUGGUGCUUUGCUAUUACAAAUUAGUUCCAAGUAGUUGCAAACAAUAACAAUAAUUUUAUACAGAUAUGUCUGAUUUCCAUAUCAGCUGAAGAGAAGUCAUGAGACACUUCCCUGAGGAACUUGAAACAAACAGUAAUCUCAGUUUUAGUUUCUCUUCUUAAAGUUUGCAAUAGAAAGCAGAUGGCAAGUGCAAGUCUGACCCAAAACCAGACUGGAGUUGUGUGUGUUGUGUUGUGUUGUGCAUAGGAAGGUGUUGUUUUCAGACUCUGUUUUUCAGUUGGGUUUGUCAAUGCUUCCUUUAGAAGAAGCCUUUAUCCUAUAUCUAGCCCUUUUUUUGGAUUGAGAAAGUGUAAAAGCAGGACUGAGGCUGAAUAUCAAGAAAACAAAAAUCAUGACUACAGAAGACAUACAGAACUUUACUGUCAACAAGAUUUCACAUACCUUGGCUCAGUCCUCAAUCCAAAGGGACACUGCAGCCCAGAAAUUCAAAGAUGACUGAAGUGUGCAAGGGCAGCCAUGAAGAAACUAGAAAAGAUAAUCAAGGGUAAGGUUGUUUCACGGGAUACCAAGGCCAAGAUCAGUCACUGUGGAUGGGUGUGAAAGCCGGACAGUGAAGAAAGCUGACUGGAAGAAGAUUGAUGCAGUCAAAACAUGGUGCUGCAGGAGAGCUUAGCAAAUAUUCUGGACCACUAGAGAAACAAGUGGGACCGAGAACAAAUCAAGCCAGAGCCAAGAUGACAACACUGAGGUUGUCCCAUGGAUGUAUCAUAAGAAGGCAAGACUCCCUGGAGGAGACAGUCAUGCUGGGGGAAGUUGAAGGCAGGAGGAGGAGGGGAGGCCGAAUAUGAGAUGGCUGGACGCCAUCAAGGAAGCCGCAGCCUGGAAUGUAGAGCAGCUCAGCAACGGUGUUUAUUGAUUUAUUAUUUUAUUGAUUAAAACAUUUUUAUGCCGCCCCAUUCGCCGAAGCCUCAGGGCGGCUUACAACGUUAAGUUAAAAAAUAAUUAUAACAUUAAAUUAAAAAAAUACAAACAUUAAGUUAAAAUGCAAAAAUAACAAUAUAAAAUAAGUCGCCCUGGCCGGUGUUGCAGUCAUGAUACUCGUUGAAAUCUAAGGUUGGCCUCAUUGCCUGUGCAGUUUCAGAAGCUCCCUUGCUCUUGGAAGCACAUACUGAAACCAGUUGGUUCUUUCGAUGCAUGAUCCAUGUUUAUCGCUACCUGUUGAUUGUGAAUAAAUAUGAUACGUAGUGUUUUAAGCAGGGAUGGAAUCGGUUGCCCAUUGGGCCUAACCGUGGACUGCUGCUUUAUUAUGGGUCUGAAGCGCCUGCAACUUUCAGGAUAUGCCUUAUCCCACUUGCUUGUGGCCAUGGGAUGUCACAUGCCCCUUUAAUAAGGGUCUGUGCAAGGUGAGUUAAUUGCUGGUGAUUAAGCCCGGUGUGCUCACGGGCAGGAGCUUGAAUGCAUCAAGCCCCAGAUUACCUUCUCAAGAAUGGUAGGUUUCAGUCCGAGGGUCAAGGCCGUAUGGCUAAUGCAUGUCCAAAGCUCAAGUCAGCUGGGGGUGUCCGAAAGAAGGUCCCACAAACAGGCCAGGAAUCUAGAUAUCGGUUAGAUCAACAAAGUCCAAGAAUGUUGUUUGCAGCAUUCUGCCUGAACAACAUUGAAUCCAGCUCUAACUUGGCACAGCUGACUAAUUAAGUCAGCCUGCAGUUUUGUGGAAAUCCCCCCCCCCCUUCAGACUGUUUGGACUUUUGCCGAAGCCGCAGCUAUGAGCUCUUCAUCCUUUCCAUGGGAUGGAUUCCUUCUGCCUCUGGCUCCCGCUCUUGGGGAACCACAGGGGGUACCCCAAAGAUCCUGGCUCCUCCUCUUCUAAUGGAGGGCAGUAAUCUGCAGCCACGACACCUGUGUGUAAUUAUGACUGGGCUUUCUUUGUCUCAGGAAUCCUCUGAUGUAACACAACCAAUGCUUGCUCCAACCUUAUUCAUUUGUAUUUUAAAACGUCUCUUAAUAUUUAUAUACAGCCCCAUUUGAAGGCGGUUGUUGAACAUAAACCUUGUCGUCAGAGUCCAAGGUGUGGCAGCAGGUUAAACUUACGAACACCAGGACUCCACACCGUAAUCCCGAGUAGUAACCAAAGUCCAGUCCAAAUCCCAAACUGGUAUUAGGUAAGCACAAAGCAGGAAUCAAGAGCCAGAAAGUCAGCACAAGGAGAGGGUACUUUUGGAGCAGAAACAGGAGUGGAAGCAAGGCCCAGAGGCAGGAACAGCAGCCAAGGAUUGGCAGCAGGGUCCAGGAGCGAGAUCGGGUGUCGGUCCAGAGUGCGGAUUCCACAACCAAGGUUUUGCACAGCACCACAGCGAGUUAGAAAGCCAUCACUGUUGAGCAGCUUCUGGAAGGAAGAGCCGGUUCUUCGACUGCGCAUCCCUCCCUCAGGGCUUCCAGGUGAUGCUCGUGAGGGCCCUGAUCGCUGCAGCAAGCUGUGGGGCCCAUCCUGCAACUGCCAGCGCUGUUGUUCUGGCCUUUGGCCAGAAGGUGGAGCCCUGAAGUUGCCUCUAAUCCUGACCCUUGUAUUGGAAUACUCUUGAAUAUAGCCUCUUCAGUUCUUUACCUGCUUCCUGGAAGUGAAUGCAGAGCCCAUGCAAAUGAAUUUCUUGCCGUUUACACAGCUGAAAGACUGAUACUGCAACGUAGUGUUGACCAGUGUUGACAUGCUUCUGAGGAUCGCACAAUCUGCUAUGAUGCAACGGGCUGAGGACCUAACAACACUUGGCAGUGUUUGAACUGGCACUUUGUGUGGAUAUUUGGUCCACCUCUCUUGACGUUCAGUUUAUGCCAUAUCUAUUUAAAGCUGUGUCAUUACACAUUUUCUGUUUUGUAACAAUUUAUAACAAAAUAAUUUAUACAUCUUUCUUGCUGUUACGUUGUGUUUGAUUUAAUACUUUCAUCUGCAGCACCCAGGAUCCUGUGAGGAUGAAUGUGCAGUUUGGAAAUGUUACAAAAUAAUUAAAUAAGACAGGUUCCCCUCCUGACUUCAUGUUAAGGGACACAGAAAUGCAGCUUCUUCAGCGUUGCAUUUCCUUUUCCACGUGCAUUGCAAAUUUGGGUUUGGAUCACCAUGUUCAUGGGAGAGUAACAGCUUCUUUCUCCCAUUGUUCCAGUCAGUAACCGAAGAUGGGUUUCGCUGAGGAUCAGGUGAAAAAAUAUAUUAAUAGUAACUUGCGCAAGUUUCAUCGCAUCCGUGUGGAUCAGAUGCUACAUCUGCGCUGCUUCACCGAAAUGGACCGGCAACAGUUAAGAGCGCGCGUGGCCCGCGAGGGGAACGAUGUGACCGUGUGGGACUUCUUUCAACACCUGCAGUCCCGAGAAGGCUGGGUGACGCUCCUGAUAGACGGCCUCAGAGAAGACAACCUGGGAGACCUCGCGGAGGACAUCCAGAGUGUUUAUGACUCCUACCGGUCCUUGCCUCACAGCAGGCCCAGUGCAGGGCCCUCCAGCUUGCCCUCUUCGGGUGAACCUGCGCCGCCUCCUCCUCCUCCUCCACCACGCGGCAUGCCAAGCCCCCAGGAAGCCUCAGCUCCUGCACCAUUACCUGUAAAUGCUCCACAGGUAUCCUCCACCACAAACGCAGCUGCUGACAGUAUGGAUGAUUACCAGUAUCCCGUUCAGGAAUCUUCCCUUGCAUACCGGAAGAGUGAAAUUGAGAUAAAACCUAAGGUGACAGACAGUGCCAGGAAAACAGAACCCUCCAACAGGUGCACACCAUCAGCACCUAAGCCGAGAACUGCAGAGGCGAAACCGACGGAUUCCCAGCCUGCCUCAGUGGCAAGUGUGCCACCUGAGACUCUGCCUGAAGAUCACCUUGGAGAGAAGGCUGGAGCAGUUCCCAAGCCAGUAGCCUCAAAUUCUGGGGUCGCUGCUCCAAGACCCAGGGUUUCCAGUAAUCAGCCGGAGGAGACUUACUAUGUCUCUUCUGACAGCAGUCCGGUUGUGCCGAGCCGUCCAGGUGAGCCGCAGGCCAGUGCGUCGCUGCAGCAAGAGAAGAGCCAAGCCCCACGUGGGUAUCCGGGCGAGGACCCGUUGGCGAAUGCGGCAGGUACAGGACACACCUUGCACCCGCCAAGACGAUGCGAUAAAGGACUGGAAGGACGGCUGAGCCCGCAGGAACGGAGCAGGCAGAGUGCACUGAGGGAUUGCAAUGAAACGCCUGCCGCUGACCCAGCAGGCAGUGUGCCUGGGACUCCCCGGAGAAGGGGACUUGCCGCCGCUCCGGGUAACGCCAAGCCUCUUCAAGAGGAACCGCUGCCUCUGAGCAGGCCAGAGCGCACGGCCACGGCCCCUCAGCCCGCACAGGUGCCUGACUCUUGGCUUCCGAAUGCCCCGGGCUGGAGAAGUAGGAAUCCGGAGGAGAACCCGAGUCCUGUCCGUCGCUUUGCCACCGAUGGCCGUGUCUUCUAUAGCAGUGAUGAUGCCCAGGCACCCUGCAAGCCUGGCGUGCUGACUUCACUCCCGUGUGGGGCUGGGGAGGAACUCACUGCCCAUCUGAUGAGUGACCGAGGGCCAAGUCCUCCAUACUCGGGCACCUCAUCCAGGCUUCUCUUAAGCACGUUCACUUUCGAAAACAACACCUUUCCUGCGAGUGAUCUCAACCAAGACGGCCAGCCUGAAGAGCUGCUUCCCGGCCCAGCUGUAGGUCCCCUUUCGGGAAGAGAGGUGUCAUACAGAGCGGACGAUGUGUCUCCUCCUGGCUGCCAGCAGGCCGACAGCUCCAUCAGAAGCUACGGCUUCCACGUGGAGGAGAAGCCCAGCCCCGAUCUCACUAGCACACCUCCCGGCCUUCCUCUGCGUCACACCCACAGGAGCCGAUCUCCGGAUGCCUUCUCUGACACGGCGACUAGACUCCCACCCAUCAGAAGUCUUCCUUCCCGCCCUGAAAAUUCUGAGAAUCCCCUCCCAGACAAGAACGAUGCGGCAGUUUCAGGGCCUUCGAGCAACCGCUCCUUGCUCCUCGCUAGUUUUGUCCUGGCGGCUGUGGCUGUGGUGGCUUUUGCCCUGUACAAGAAGGAAUAGCGGCAUGGCCCACGGGUUCCAGCCAGCACAACAUCAGUCAUAAAUCUCGUGCCCGCCUGAGUGUUAGGACGCCUUCUUUGCCCCCCAACGCCUUACGGGAUGCCGUUUUUUAAAAGAAAUGGAAUGAGCGUCGCUGUCUUUUCGUGUAUGUCCUCCCACAGAGGCUGUGGAACGCUCACAGCAGUCGACCACCCUUUUGCACUUGCCAGUUGCCUUAAUGCGCGCCUCCUUUAGUCCAUGGUAGGCUGACUUGUGAGACUUCCUUUAUUGUUGCUGCAACCCUGAGGUUCAGCACCUGCAGCCAGCUGCAAAAUAGCGGCACAAACAGGCCAGCAUAUGCUGAGCGUUAAGGGCCGGGGUGCCCGCUGAGCACACGUUCUGCCCAGGAACUUGUGAUCUGUACCAGAAGCAAGUCCACGAGCGAGUCCAUUCUAGGGCAACUGGAAGUGAAUGCGAGCUAGCCCUUCUGGAGCAGAGCUGGGCAAGUCAGUGGAGCUUCCCCGAGAUGCCCUGCUCUUAACAUGGUAGUCUGGGCUUCCUGGGCUGGGCUGUGCAGGGCUUAGCUCCUCUCUGUGAAUGGGCGUUCCCUGUACCCCUGGUCAUAGUUACUUUUAGGCUUCUAGGUUUUGCCUGAUCUCUGACCAAAGCUUCGUAAAAUGUCUUGUACAGAGAGUUCCUGAAUAGGGAGCCGUUGGGUCUUUAAGCUUUCUCCUGACCUUCCUUUACCCCUCUUCAGCCUUCAUAGAAUCCCAGGAGCCUAUUUUUUAACAUUUAAGAAGAAAGGGCUGAUUCUGAAGGCCGUUGCUGAAGUGCCCACAAAAUUAGAAUUUCUUCUUCAAUUUUGAAAGAAGAAAUUGCUGCUGGAAUUCCUGGAAACACUCGUGUUUUUUUCUGUAAUCAGAUGAAGCAUGCUUCCUCAGCCUGGUGCUUGCCAAUAGUGCUUCCUAAGGAUGAUGGACACUGAAGUCCAACACCCCUGAUAGGCAGUGGGUUGGGGAAGUUGUAAGACCAUGGGCUCUGUUUGUUGUCUGUAUAGGUGUUUGUUCUUUAUUUAUUGCAAAAUUUUGCAAUCUGCCUUUCCAUUUCUUGAAAAACACCCAAGGCCUCACAAGAAUGACAAGAAUUCUAAAACAAAUCAAAGUCAAAGAAGGGCAACGAGUUAAAUCCAAGUAUGCAAAAUCCAGGCUUAAUAAGUCAUUGUAGAAGUCCUUGCGAUUGCAUAUUGUUGCCAUUCUUACUUUAUUAUCAAGGCUUUCUUUAAAAAACAUGAUGAGAUUGUAUCAUUCUUCCUGCCAAAACCUGCCUGCCUCAUCUGCACACUGAUUUAGCCCUCUGUACUUGCUUUUACAAAAAUAAAAACAUGAUUGGCCAAAA